AGCAGACAAAAGUGGCAACAUCGAUGUUCGUGCUAUAAACGAAGGGUAAAACGGACAACUAACCUAUUACUGGUAGAGAUAUGCUGGUCGUAGCGGUUGAAUACGGAAAUUAAACGUACAUUAUGUUCCAACUCCCAAAUUGUCUGAUUGUCUCUCUACUCCCUUCCCUGCUGCAUCUACUUCCUCUGCAAACUUAUUUAUACUUUUCUCCUUUCGAGGAGAUUGUUUUUGCUUUAACUAUUUAAUUUACCUUCUUCGCCAAUACUACCUCUUUUCUUAUCUUCUAAUGGAGAUUUCUCUUGGUUUCCACGAUUUCUACCUUUAAAAGGAGGUUUCAGUCAAUUCUAGUCUCUCACCUGUUCUACUAAGCAUUUAUUGCAAAUGAAUUUUGUCUUUCUUAUUCAUAUCGUCGGUUACUGACACUCUCCUACGAGUUUCUUUGUUUGCUUUAAUCUCUGAAUUGAGCUGCACCGGUUCUGAUAGCUUCGUUGAAUCAAGAAUCGGCAGAAAACCUUUGGAUUUAACGAUCCUUGAAGCUGAGGAGUUACCAAGUUCUUCCAAUGGAGAAUUCUGGAGUUACUCAAUUUCUGCGGAAUCGAAGGUUGGAGAGCUGCUUUAGUGCGGCCUCCCUUUCUUCUAUUGGAGAAUCCUCAAAUAUUGGGUUGAAACCAGCAGUGGAACAGAGGUCCUACCCCGAUGCUUUUGCUGAUGACAACAGCUGGGGUGCUGUAUUGAUAUCGUGCCUAAGGAUUGUAACCUGUUUCGUGACGAUGAUGUUCACUACUUUCUUGUGGGCUUUAAUCAUGCUUGUGCUGCUACCGUGGCCUUAUGCCAGGAUUAAGCAGGGAAACGUGUAUGGUCAUGUCACCGGAAGGUUACUGAUGUGGAUUUUGGGAAAUCCUAUAAAGAUAGAAGGUGCUGAAUUCUCCAAAACAAAGGCAAUUUACAUCAGUAAUCACGCCUCUCCUAUAGACAUUUUUCUAAUAAUGUGGUUGACUCCCACUGGAACUGUUGGCAUUGCAAAGAAGGAGAUCAUCUGGUACCCACUAUUUGGGCAGCUUUAUGUAUUGGCAAACCAUCUCCGCAUUGACCGUUCAAACCCAACUUCAGCAAUUGAAUCAAUAAAAGAGGCUGCCCGUGCAAUUGUCAAGAACAAACUUUCAUUAAUCAUUUUUCCCGAGGGAACCCGUUCCAGAACUGGAAGAUUGCUCCCAUUUAAGAAGGGUUUUGUUCACAUAGCAUUGCAAUCACGGCUUCCAAUAGUUCCAAUUGUUAUGACUGGUACACAUUUAGCAUGGAGGAAGGACAGUUUACAUGUCCGACCAGCACCGAUAAAUGUGAAGUUUCUUCCUCCAAUAAGGACCGAAAAUUGGACACCUGACAAGAUUGAAGACUAUGUAAAAAUGGUACAUGACACAUAUGUCAAACACCUCCCAGAUUCCCAAAGACCAUUGGAGUCUUAACGGAAGUUCCAGAAGGAGUUUGGAACUCAUAGUAGAGGUACCUUCUCUGUGUAUACCAUUUUUGGUUCAAGAAGCCAUACUCCUGUAUUCCCCCUCAUCAACGGCUGAGAAUAAACAUCAGGGAAAGACGCUACUUGUUCAUUACUCAACCAGAGCUCUUACUGCUUUCUAGUUUAAGUUAUCGUACUACUAGUUUUCUCUUGCUGGCUCCAUCACCAUAUUUUCUGUAUCACUUGAUUCUGAACAUGCAAACCAAAAGGUUUCUGGCACUGGUAUAUAAUUUAUAACUAAAAAUUGUACCUUUGGC